UGAAGAAACCUGCGGGUAGUUGUGCCGAAGCUGCAACUGUUACAGUGAUCGGAUACACAAUAUCUAUCGAGGUCUACGAGGAUAGCUGGUGUUUAAAAAACCCCCCCAAUAUGCUGAGUUGUGCAUGGGAGAUAGUUCAGAGUUCCUGAAACAGGAAAUAAGCGACGUUUGCUUUCAGCCAAGGAAGGAAAGAUCAGAGGAACAAGCAAACCGUGCAGUAUUUUUGAAAAUAAUGUUAACGUAUUCGCACUUUGGUGGGUCAGUGCAUCUUUGAGGUUGUUUUGCCAAUGGCUCUGCUGGAAUGAAAGUGUUCUCGUCCCAGUUUUAUCUUUCUUCAAUCAACAUACACUUGUGCGUAAUGUUCGGAAAGGAGUUCUUUCAGUACAUUUCAGUCUCUGCAUUCACAUGAUCUGAACUUGAAACAAGAUCUCAAACAAAGAUAGCGAAGACUCGAUUUGCUUUUGUUUGAUGCGUGAACCUUCAGAAGCUAACGGUUGAUUUGCUUCACUUCAUUUGUUGUGCAGUGACUCCGUUCUAACUACAAAAACCUCUCGAAAUACGUUACAAGGGAGGGAAAAGAGUCUUUCGAGGAAGGGCUAUGUUGGUGAAGGAGUUUAGGAUUUGCAUGCCCCUGACAGUAGAAGAGUACAGAAUUGGACAACUGUACAUGAUAAGCAAGCACAGCCACGAGCAAAGUGACAGAGGAGAGGGUGUGGAGGUGGUACAGAAUGAACCUUAUGAUGAUCCUAUUCAUGGCAAGGGCCAAUAUACAGAAAAGAGAGUUUACCUGAACAGCAAGCUUCCUAGCUGGGCUAGAGCAGUGGUUCCAAGGAUCUUUUACGUCACGGAGAAAGCUUGGAAUUAUUAUCCAUACACUAUCACAGAAUACACAUGCUCCUUUUUGCCUAAAUUUUCCAUUCAUAUAGAGACUAAAUAUGAAGAUAACAAUGGAUCAAAUGAUAAUAUCUUUGAUUCAGAGGCAAAAGAUGUUGAAAGAGAUGUAUGCUUCAUUGAUAUUGCGUACGAUGAAAUUCCUGAACGAUACUACAAAGAUUCUGAGGACCUCAGAUAUUUUAAGUCAGAAAAAACACAGCGAGGUAUGCUGAAAGAAGGAUGGAGGGAAGCUCAGAAGCCUAUCAUGUGCUCCUAUAAACUGGUUACAGUUAAAUUCGAAGUCUGGGGACUGCAGACAAGAGUGGAACAAUUUGUACACAAGGUUAUUCGGGAUAUUCUGAUGAUUGGCCAUCGACAAGCGUUUGCCUGGGUGGAUGAGUGGUACGACAUGACAAUGGAUGAAGUUCGGGAAUUUGAACGAGCAACUCAGGAAGCCACCAACAAAAAAAUUGGAGUUAUCCCUCCUGCGAUUACGAUCAGCAAUAUUGUUAUGCCUUUAUUAGGCCGCAGCGGACCUUCUAGUGCUCCAACCACACCUCUCGCCUCAGAAGCACCAGAAUUCCUGGCAAUUCCUAAGGAUCGCCCUCGGAAAAAGUCUGCUCCAGAAACUCUUACUCUUCCAGAUCCUCGGGAGAAAUACAGCACUACUACAAUAUCCAACAUCGAUGCCUCUGGCGAGCCUUCUGUGCCCAAGCAUAACUAACUUUCUGUCUGUGACAACAGGCUCGUCAUUCAGAUUUCAGUAUUAGAUGACAUUCUUCUUUACCGUCACUUGUUUUCUUCCUUAAUCUCAAACUCGCAUGCUAGUUGCCUAUUUCAUUGGGUCCCCUAGGUGUAAAUUGCAAGGAAAUCAAUGUGCUCCAUGUCUGCAGAUUUUUAUCUAUCAAAAUGGAUCAAAGCUUCUCUAAAGCAGGGAAUAUCAUUGUAGGGAGCGAAUGCAGUUUAAAUUCUCCAAAUGCUGAUGACAAGUAAACAUACCUGCUGCCGAUGUACAUUCAGAAUUCACAGAUGCCUUUCCCAGCAUUUUCCUAGCAUUGAUAGCCAAGGGCUGCAAAUCUCAGAGAACACUGUGAUUUUCCUACUGCUGAUGGAUGAGAUUGCUGGUGCCCACUGGGAAGAUUUAUCCCUCCUUGUUCUACAUAUUCACGUACAGUAAGUGUAUCAGUGCAGUAACAUGUAAACCCGAGCUCUCAUGUUGAAUUCAAGAGUAAUUUGUGUUUGCUCACCUCUUGCAUGGUGAUAGAUGAGCCUUGAUGACUUGGGACCAAAAUCAUUUAUCCACCCUCAGUGGGACCUAGGUAGGCUUUCAAAGCAUUCGGCAUUUGUUGGCUGUGGUUCCAUACCAAGACACACUAUGUUCUUCGACACUAUGUUCUAUGUUCUCAAUUCACCAGUGAUGGUCUGUGGAUUAGAACCAUGAAAAUGAUGUAGUACAGAACCAAGCCAUUAAGUCCAUCCAUUUGUGCCGGCUCAUUUAUUCCCAAUUUCCUACCUUUUCCCCAAUAGCCCCGUAUUAUUUUCCCUUUCCAAUUGCUCUUUUAAGCCAGAUGUAUUUAAAAUGCUCAAGUGCCCAUUGUUCACAUAAGCCCUCAUCAUGAGCUAUUUGAUGAUGGAGACAACCCUAGACCCACCUUGCACGUUCCCCACUGGUUCGGAUGAAUUCCAGCCCCAAAUCACAGUCAACCAGUGAACAAAUCUAAUCCUUACUUCAUAAAAGUAGUAACUGUACUUUAAAAUUAUUUAGUUAUUAAGUCUUUUGGUUAUAGUGAGGAUCUGAUAAAAACAUUUGAUAAAAGAAGACAAGGAAGGAACUGUUGAUGCUGGUUUACAAAAAAAAGACACAAAGUGCUGGAGUAACUCAGCCAGUCAGGCAGCGUCACUAGAGAACAGGGAUAGGUGACGUUUGAAGGAGGGCCCCGACCCGAAACAUCACCUAUCCAUGUUCUCCAGAGAUGCUGCCUGAUCCACUGAGUUGCUCGAGCAUUUUGUGUCCUUUUUUAUUAAAUAAAAGGAAGUUCCACCUUACCUUUGCAGCCUCAUGGCAACAGAGUUGAAGGUGAUAAAAUAGGCAUCAUUUUUAAUCAGCCUUAAUCAUGCCACCACUGGAAGUUUAUCGUAUAAACUGCAAAAAUAAAAGUGGUUUUCAAACUCCACCCAAAGCUGCCUCCACAAAACCCCUCCUGGGCCUGGAAACAGGUCAUUCACCUUGUCAGGAGAAUAUUGUUUACCACAACUGAAGUCAUCAAGGAGCAAAGAAGAACUUUGGAUAAGCUCAGCAGGUGAGGCAUCAUUUGACUGACCUUUCAUCAACGUGAAAUGUUAGCUCUGCUUUGAUGAUGCCUGAUCCUGCUGCGCAUUUCCUACAUUUUCUGUGGGGGUUUUUUUCAUUUUGGAUUCGCACCAGCAUUUGCUUUUGAUAAAUCAAAGCCAUUUGCAAAAACAGGAGGCUGAGCAUUUUGUGAAAAUCAUCUUUUUAAACAGAUAUUUCCUAAGAGCUGGGAUCAAUACUACUAGGAAAACAUUUGAGAUUAAUAGGAUUAUUUAGAUAUCAUAACAACACGUCUUUUCAAUGGUAAAUACAGUUAUAAAUAUAUUUAAAUCAUAUGGUGAU